CAGAUACAGAGGUUUUUCACCUAGAACACUUCUGUCGUGCAGUAGGAAUGCGACGCAUUAGCCCAAGAAAUAACUGGCGGGCCCGUUACCCUAACACCGUCUUAGGGCGUAACUAGUUACACCGUUAACGGUGGGACACAUGUCAUUCAAUUUCGAGAUUAGAAUUCGCCUCUCGACUUGAAACUACUCUAGGCUAUUAAGCAAGCCUACUAGGGCUUUGUACCACAUCAUAAAUAUCAUGGUACCCUUGGCAAUGUCUUUGUUUAUAUCAUGAACAAUAUUAGGGGGACUUGUAUGUAUCUAGCCAGAUCCGAGCUACAGAGCGACAACUACUACCUCCUACGAUCCACCAUCGACGACUACGCAAGAUUCUUCGCCUUAGCAUAUCAUAACACGCCUAAGAACAUGGAACGAGCAUCUACCGACCAGCUCUAUUACAAUUAUCUAUCGCAACUCCAGCGACUUCGUGGAGGACUUCCCAAGCGCUUUCGCUCGACGCUUAAUAAUCUUAUCCUAUGCCUCCCGGAUCUCUUUGCCGAUGACUAGCCAUUUACGCUUAAUCAUGAUAACCUUCUCGAUAAUAAUAUUCACGUGAACAUAGCUACGGGCAGAAUUAUAGGCAUCUAUGACUAGAGCGGCGCCAAGUUUAGUCCAUAUGGAAUGUCGCUAGGGGGACUCGAGACCAUGCUAGGGAUUCGAACUAUAUCUAGGGACUGUUAGCGUUACCACGCCAAUCACGAAGAGCUCCGCGAUCUUUUUUGGCUCCGGUUUUACUACUAUCUAGGAGGUGCGUCGGACGUGACGAAGCGGCUCAUCAAGGCCGCAAGACUUAUUGGUCUGUUCCUAGAUAAUGGCUUUUAGCAGGGGGAGCUGGCCACAGGGGACAGCGAGGACUUGCGAUUUCUCGGUGCUAUCGUUCUAUGAUAAUGUCUAGCGAGUUUCUUGUCGGGUCAAAUUAUUUGUUG